GUCUUGGCCAGUGUGGGUGAGGCUACAAGUUUAGCUAGUUGCUGCACUGCAGAUCCUCAUCAAGUUAGGAGCUCACAGUCGUCUGAUGUCUCUGUGAACAUCGUGGAGAUUGAAACAGGAUCUCAACUUUUCUUGUCUGCUCUUUUGCCCCUCUGGAAAUUGAAUGUGCACCAUGGAGUCAACGGUUCAGUUGUGUUCAAAGGGCAGUUGCCUUGUGCCUAGGUGUUAGUGCUCACGAUGUCAGACCGAUUUCAGAGUCCCUUACAACGAUCAUCUGCGCUAAAAGGUGUGGCCACAGACAUUAGCCAACUGAUGGAGAAUCUUGAUACCAAUGAGCUACGUCUGGAAGGAGAUGAUGUGGACUUUGAUUCUGGCAAUGAUGCGAGAGAACCCAUUGGCUCUCAGAUUCCAUUCUCAGCCAUUUACAAGACCAAAUCCUUCAAGGAACCUGAGAUUCAGGUGUACCUGACUGGAGAACCAAUCAAAGUCCAUGUUUUGGAGGUGGAACGAUUCACAUCUACAUCAAAGGUCCCAAGUCCUAACAUCUACACCGUUGAAUUGAAACAUGGAGAGUUCACCUGGAAGGUCAAGAGGAAAUUCAAGCAUUUUCAAGAUCUUCACAGAGAGCUUCUCCGAUACAAAGCCUUCCUCCGCCUGCCAAUCCCGACACGCAGCUACACAGUGAGGAGACAGACAGUGAAGAGAGGGGAGCCCCGGAGUAUGCCUUCUCUGCCUCGCAGUUCAGACCUCAUCAUUAGAGAGGAACAGAUCUCGAGCCGCCGGAAGCAACUGGAAGAUUACUUGACCAAGCUGCUGAAGAUGCCUAUGUACAGGAAUUAUCAUGCGACGAUGGAAUUUAUUGGUGUCAGUCAGCUCUCAUUCAUUCAUCAUCUGGGACCUAAGGGCUUGGAAGGUUUUGUAAUGAAACGUUCAGGGGGCCACAGGAUUCCAGGCCUCAACUGUUGUGGGAGAAGUCAAAUCUGUUAUCGCUGGUCCAAGAGGUGGCUGGUAGUGAAAGAUUCCUUCCUCUUGUACAUGAAGCCAGACUCAGGAGCGAUUGCCUUUGUUCUGCUCGUGGACAAAGAGUUCAGCAUCAAAUUGGGAGCCAAGGACACUGAGACUAAGUAUGGUAUCAGAAUCGACAAUCUAUCCAGGACUUUGAUCAUCAAAUGCAACAAUUACCGUCACGCUCGCUGGUGGGGUCAAGAGCUUGAGGAGUUAAUUAAUAAACAUGCCAAAGUUUUCCUUGAGGACCAACGUUUCAAAUCUUUCGGACCUGUGCAUGAAAAUACGCUGUGCAAAUGGUAUGUAAAUGCUAAGGGAUACUUUGAAGAUUUGGCAGAUGCUUUGGAAGAUGCAAAGGAGGAAAUAUUCAUCACAGAUUGGUGGCUGAGUCCAGAAAUCUUUCUCAAGAGGCCGGUGGUGGAAGGGAAUUAUUGGAGGCUGGACUACGUACUCAAACGCAAAGCUCAACAAGGAGUGAAGAUUUUUGUGAUUCUCUACAAAGAGGUGGAGCUUGCACUAGGCAUCAACAGUGAAUAUAGCAAGCGGACACUAAUGCGCCUUCAUCCCAACAUUAAGGUGAUGAGACACCCAGACCAUGUCUCCUCCACUGUGUACCUGUGGGCACACCAUGAGAAGAUCGUUGUCAUUGACCAGUCGGUUGCGUUCGUUGGUGGCAUUGACUUGGCAUACGGGAGGUGGGACGACGAUGAGCAUCGGCUGACUGAUGUGGGCAGUGUCUCACGGAAUGUCUGCUCUCAAUCCAUUGCACCCAACAACCAAACAGCACUCAGUACUCUCGCUGGGAACGAGGAAGACCAGACACCCAAAGCGAAGGUGACACUUGAAAAGAGUACAGAGGGAGAGGAUGAGGUGGACUCAUCCAGGAUGAAGGGUAUCGGCAAGUCUAGAAAAUCCUUCCCCAUGCUGAACCUAGUCAGACAACUGCAACGACAGAACUUGGAGCACUGCGACAGUGUGAGUAGCAUCGAUAGCACAGAGCAUGGUUGGUUUAACUCUUCCAACAGCCAGUGGAACUUAAUCAGGGAUAGGUUGCCCAACUUGAAGAGAUUGUAUCACCAUGCCAGCAGCCCCAGCCCCUCUCGACCGGAGAACGACAGGAAUUCAGAAUGUGGUCCACACGCAAAUAUCGAUGAAUUGGUCGGACAGACGAGGUUCUGGCAUGGGAAGGACUAUUGCAACUUUGUCUACAAGGACUGGGUCCAGCUGGACAAACCAUUUGACGAUUUCAUUGACCGUUACAACACUCCCAGAAUGCCUUGGCAUGACAUUGCUUCAGUGGUGCAUGGGAAGGCCGCUCGCAGUGUGGCACGGCAUUUCAUCCAACGUUGGAACUUCACAAAGAUUGUUAAAGCAAAGUAUCGGCCUGUGUCCUACCCAUAUCUUGUGCCAAAAUCAAUGUCAACAGCAAAUGAGUUGAGGUACCAAGUACCUGGAUCAGUCCAUGCUCGAGUGCAGGUGCUGCGAUCAGCUGCUGACUGGUCAUGUGGGAUCAAGUAUCAUGAAGAAUCAAUUCACAACGCAUACAUACAUGUUAUUGAAAACAGUAAACACUACAUCUACAUUGAGAACCAGUUCUUCAUCAGUUGUGCUGACAACAAGUACAUCUUCAAUAAAAUUGGUGAUGCCAUUGUACAGCGAAUCCUGAGGGCUUACAGGGCGAAGCAGAGGUUUCGUGUCUAUGUAGUGACGCCCCUGAUGCCAGGUUUCGAAGGAGACAUCUCGACAGGGGGAGGGACUGCAAUCCAGGCUGUCAUGCACUUCAACUACAGGACCAUCAGCAGAGGAGAAAACUCAAUUAUUGAACAACUGAAGAAAGAAAUGGAUGAUCUGUGGAUCAAUUAUUUCUCCGUAUGUGGUCUCCGGACCCACGUGGAAUUGAACGGACGGUUGGUCACUGAACUCAUCUAUGUCCAUAGCAAAAUGCUGAUUGCAGAUGACAACACAGUCAUUAUCGGUUCAGCAAACAUCAAUGAUCGAAGUAUGCUGGGAAAGAGAGACAGUGAGGUCGCGGUGAUUGUGGAGGAUACAGAGUUUGUGCCGUCGGUGAUGGAUGGGGCAGAGUACCAGGCUGGGAAAUAUGCUCUGCACCUCCGACUACACUGCUUCAAGCUUAUUCUGGGGGCUCUAAAUGAUCCAACCAUCGAUGUGCAAGACCCCAUCAGUGAGAAGUUCUUCAAAGAAGUCUGGAUUCCAACCAGUGCACGGAAUGCUACAAUAUAUGAAAAGGUCUUCCGGUGUCUCCCAUCAGAUCUCGUGAGGAACAACAUUGAGCUGGCAGAGUUCAGUACCAAAGCGGGCCUGCACGAAGAAGAUCCAGAAAGAACGGUGGAAGAACUGAAGAAGAUCCGGGGAUUCUUGGUGCAAUUCCCAUUCUGCUUCUUGUCUGAGGAGAACCUCCUUCCAGCAUUGAGUACGAAAGAGCGGAUGGUCCCAAUGGAGGUGUGGACAUGAGGGAACAAGGGAGAAUGACAGAGAGAGAGCAGGAGGUUCCUUGUCCACAAAGAGCAGGGACACAGCAACCUGGUUGUCUUCCUAUUAUGUCCAAUAGUGGUGAAGGUAUCUAUUGGAGACCAAUAUUAUGGUGAAGAGUUGAGGAGUUAGAUCAAUGAUUUCAUAACUCAGGAUAAUUUAACCUUGGCAGUGGUGCUAAAAGACAAAUAGGAUCCAUCCACUCAAAGUUCAACCCAGGGACAAUGAAGUGGAACUUAUGAAUUUUUAAAAUCCUUGUUAUCACACAAAGCAGACACUAAACAUGGAGGAAUUCAAACUUUUAAACAUCUGUCUCUAUCGGACUUGAUUGAAGAUUUUUUUAACCUUUCUCUUGGUGUGAAUUGUGAUUUCCUCAUGGCGCACAUGUGGGUCAAUGCUGGGGAGUGGAACUUAACGUUGUCUCCAACACUCUCUGACACUUGCCUACUUCAACUGAAGAAUGGUCAGUCUUAGCUUAGAGCUCCAGUAACUCUGCCUCAGAAUUGUUCCACAGUCUGGACCUCCCUGCCAGGUCUCCAUUUUCCCAACUGAUCCCACCUACGGCCUGUUUCUUUUUUGUCACCUUGGGGCCUUGGGAAUGUCUCCAGCGGGUCAGUGUAAGGUCAGAAACCCUUCCUAUCAGGGGAAAUAGUUCACUUUCUCCCUUCCGCAUCAUUCGAGCCUCGACCUACUGAACUCUACACAGUCAGGUCCGAGUUAGGGCAGUUUUGUCACACAGUAUUUACACACAAGAUUCAGCAGUUUCUGCUCCCUGCUGGAGCACCACACACGCCUGCUCUCACAUUUCUUCACCAUAUCCCUCUAUUCCUUUCUCCCUCAAUUGUUUAUCCUGUUUCCCCUUAAAUCGAUUUGUACUCUUCACCUCCCUCUGGUAAUGAACUCUACAUUCUCAGCUGUUUCCAAAACAAAAUUGCCACCUCUCUCACCAGGGAGAGAGAUAUCGUACUGUUUUCUGUUAUUGUCAUUUUUGACCAACAGAGAAAUAAUUUCCAGUUCCAAAGAGACCUAUUUGAGUUCCAAUCCUCCCUCCACAGAGGCUGAGUUUCUCCAGGACUUAAUGUUUUAAUUUCAAAUCUCCAGCAUCCACUAUGUGUAGAUCUUAUUUUAUUAAUAUAUAAUAUAAUAGACAAUGUUUUGUUUUAAUUGAUAGUUAACUGUUGGUCAUCAUGCAACUAUGAAUU